CUCUUCGCCAAUCCAGCACUGCAGUGCUGCCGUGUGAGGUGUUGGAUUCAUUGGAUCCCGCAGUCUGACCGGCUUUGCGGUGCUUCUUUGAGAGAAUCAUCCACAUUAUCUUUAGUGGAUAGAUGACGAACAGUUCCGCGUGCUGCCGCAUCAUGUUGACAUAACUCUUUUGAAGAACUGAAAAUAAUGAAUGGCCGGAGAGGAGCUGUGAUACGAAUUAACUCUUUGAUGUGAAGGGAAGCUGGAACGGGAUUUUGUACUGCAUUUAGGUUACUGCCGAGGAAACACUGGAAUGAAGCUCUAAACACGUUUCUUGUCGCUGCGAGUUUGCUUGUUGAAGUUGGCUUUGCUCAAAAAUGGGAAAAUGAAUUGGAAUGGAUACUCUGAUAAAUGUUCCUUAGAGAUGGAAGGACGAUUUUCCAGCCUUUUAUGAAUCUUUUCGUUGUGACUGGAAAGGUGGAGCGAUCAGGAAAAGCUAAUGACGGACCUAUUAAUCCAUCAAAAGCACCAGAGGGGUUUGGAAACGUUUGGAUGGAAAUGUUUACAUCUUUUUCUGGUUUUAUACGAAACUACUAAUGUAUAGUUGUGGAUCUCUGCUGGAAUCUCCAUUGUCAUUGAUUAAUAUAGUUAAAAGAAUUCAGGGCUUUUGACAUAUAUGUUGUGAUUGUGUUUUUUUAAUUUUUAAUUUUUUGGAAAUAUCCAUCUUUUCUUCUGAAAGAAUCCCAAUCUAAAUGGAAUUAGUUGAGAAAGCCCUUUGUGAAAGGAAUAGACAUGGUACAUGGGAACAGGUUCCUUCACGUUGUUGCAGGUCUUCUCAUGCUUGGGUUGUCUGGGGCAACAAAGAAAGAAACAGUGAAAAACAAUUCAGGAGUGCAGCCGGCAGGGCAGUGUGGAACCUGGGUGAAAGAACCAGAGGGAGGCCUCUUCACCUCACCCAAUUACCCAAACAAAUAUCCCCCAGAGCGAGAAUGCAUCUACAUCAUUGAAGCUCCCCCGAGACAAUGCAUUGAUCUUUUCUUUGAUGAAAAGUAUUCAAUAGAGCCUUCAUGGGAAUGUAAAUUUGACCAUAUUGAAGUCCGAGAUGGGCCCUUUGGCUUUUCUCCAAUAAUUGGACGCUACUGCGGGGAGCAGAACCCUCCAUACAUCAGAUCGAGCAGCCGCUACCUAUGGAUAAAAUUUGUUGCAGAUGGUGAAUUGGAAGCCAUGGGAUUUUCUGCGAGCUACAAUUUCACAGCAGAUCCUGACUUUAAAGACUUUGGAGUCCCCAAACCUCUUCCCUUUUGUGAGUUUGAGAUGGGAGGACCUGAAGGCAUCAUUGAAUCGCAGCAGAUCACCAAAGACGGCAAAGCCUUGCAGACAGAGGCAGUGGACUGCAAGUGGUACAUCCGUGCCCCUCCUCGUUCCAAGAUCUAUUUACGUUUCCUAGACUACGAGAUGCAGAACUCCAAUGAGUGUAAACGUAAUUUCGUGGCGGUGUACGACGGCAGCAGCUCGGUGGAAGACUUGAGGAAUAAGUUUUGCAGCACGGUGGCCAACGAUGUCAUGCUGGUGUCCGCGCUGGGAGUAGUUCGCAUGUGGGCCGACGAGGGCAGCCGAAAGAGCCGUUUCCGGAUUCUCUUCACUACCUUCCAAGAGCCUCCCUGUGAGGCAGAUGCUUUCUUUUGCCACAGUAACAUGUGUAUCAACAACACGCUGGUGUGCAACGGAGUCCAGAACUGCGUCUACCCUUGGGACGAGAACCACUGCAAAGAGUGA